AUGGCCUUUGAAGGCAUCUUCCACUCCCACUUCGACUUGGCUACCGACAAAGCGCUCACCACGGGCGUUCGUGGUGCUUUUGUCUUAGGGUGUACCCAUGGCCUCGCCAGUGCACUCAUCUACCUGGCUGAAGCAGUUGUGUUCUACGUUAGUGCCAUCAUCAUCGCCCGUGGGACCUACACCUACCUUCAAAUGGUUGAAGUCCUCAACCUUGUUGUAUUCCCUGUGACUAUCGGUUCCCUUCUCAUGCCCUCCAAAGAUCGCGAGGUCUGGACCGACUUCAACCGACUUAUGCAGCUCGACAUAACAUCCACUAAGAAAUCCAAGGGCGUCGUCCGCCCUGAACUCGCAGGCAGAAUCAACUUCAACAACGUCCAUUUCUUCUAUGCCGGGCGACCAGCAGUUCUCGUUCUCAGGAACAUCAACCUCUCAAUUGACGACGGCGAGUGCAUCGCAAUCGUUGGCCCCUCGGGCUCCGGAAAGUCCACGCUCGCCGCCCUCCUCCAGCGUCUGUACGAACCCACCAUUGGCGCCAUCACCAUCGGCUUGAACAGACUCUGCAAUAUUGAGGCCAACCACCUCCGUGAUCACGUCUCUGUGGUAUCACAACACCCCAACCUCUUCGACGCCACCACCGCAGAGAACAUCCGGUAUGGAAACCAAGCCAUCUCGGACUACGACAUCCGCCGUGCUGCAAAGGCCGCGCAGGUAGGAGUGGGUCGGGGAGUUGUAAUUGUUCGAUCUCUGCUGGAUUGA